CUGCUACCUGGAACCACUCUCAGGGCACUUUAAUGACAUUCCUAAGGUAACCUCAUACAGCCAGCACAGCCUGAAUUCAUAACUAAUACCAACUGCUGCCUUCAAGGAGAAUGGCAGACAACAAUGAGCAGGAACAUGUUUGUAUCUAGAUGAAAUCUGUUACCUCCCAUAGAGAUACAUCUUUAAUGUUUGCAAACACUUUGGUUAUACUAAAGCAGACUUUUUUUUUAUCACAAAAAGCUAUUAUCCCAUUUCCAGAUACAGUUUUCUUAAGAAACACCAGUAAAAUAUUAAAUGCUGUGCUCCAUCUGCAGAAGUAGAAUGAAGGAACAAGCAGCAUAACCUUUCUGAAAGCUUUGACAAGUACUUUGAAGGCACGACUAAGAAUAUUUGCUAUUUCCCUUGACUUGAAAUCCUGCUUCAGCAGAUCAUAUACUUUUUCAGUUACAUUUCUCAACUUGUAAAAUACCUGCAUCUGUCUCUGGUAGCUACUAGUGUUCUGCAAUUAGAGGGGGAAAAUCUAACGUGGAUAAAACCAAAAGCAUCACUUACAAUUACUUCUUGGACCUUAGAGCUCUUAAAAUAAUUUAGAAACUCAGACAGUUUGUUUAAUAACUGGUAACACUCAGCUUUUUAAACAAUCAAAAACUUUACAGUUUUGAUUUACAGGUUAUUCUGUCUUUUCGAACAAUUUGUCCGACUUUCUCAGCACACACUCUACACUCUCCUUGGAAAGGGAAUUGUUCUAUGUAAUAAACAAGGGUCAUCUUCAGCACUACAUUUAAAACUUUUGUCCUAUACUUCCAUUUUCUGGUCUUAGUUUAAAAACCCACUUAGCAGACUUACACAACUAUCUCCAGUGCCAAAAAAACUCUAUAAAUAUAAGCCCUUCCUGCAAUUUUCUCAGUUUGUUUAAUAAGCUGACUGUAAAAAAAAAAAAAAAAAAAAAAAAAAAAAAAAAAAAAAAAAAAAAAAAAAAAAAGUUCAAAGAGCGGAAACUUUACAAGAAAUGCUGGUGUUAGCAAAACACUGGGAGCUUUUCCAUCAGCGUUUGAAGGCGUUUCACUCCUGGGCCGUUAUCAGAUUUCCGACAGGACUGCCCCGGUGUCCCAAGUCCCUCCUCCGCGUGUUCGCUGUGUCAGCGCGCUCGCUCCGCUGCGAUCUGCCGGAGGAUCCCGCUCGGAGCCGGCAGAACUCCGGGCUCUUGCACAACCCGCAGCGCUCCCGAGGCAGCCGCCCCCAGCCCGCAGCCCCCGCCCCGCGGCGCUGCCGGCGAGCCCCGGGCGCGGCGGAGGCACAGCGCUCCCGCUGCACCGCCGCGAUGCCGACCUUCCUCAAGUGGCUGCUGGGGAUCCUGGGGGUCGCCGUGGUGGUGGUGGUGAUCACCGUGCCGCUGGUGCUGCUCACCCGCAAAGAGACCUCUUCAGGAAAAACGUACACUCUACAGAAUUACUUGAACAAUGACUAUAAGUACAAAACACAUAAUUUGCAGUGGAUUUCAGGAAAUCAGUAUCUUCACAAAACAGAUAAUGGGGACAUCCUGUGCAUCAGGGCUGACAACGGAACAUCCUCAGUAAUCCUGGCAAAUACAACAUUAGAUAAGUACCAGGCAAGCACAGUUAUGUUGUCUCCUGACCAAAAGUUUGCUCUUCUGCAAUACAGCUAUACAAAGUUGUGGAGGCAUUCCUUUACAGCUUCAUAUCACAUCUAUAAUUUCAGUAGCAGUUCCAUCUUAGAUGACGGACUACUACCUAAUGAUACACAGUAUAUAUCCUGGUCACCUGUUGGUCAUAAACUGGCAUAUGUUUGGAAUAAUAAUGUUUAUGUAAAAGCCUCACCAACAGCAGAAGCUGUGCAAAUCACUCAAAAUGGAGAAGAAAAUAAAAUUUUCAAUGGAAUACCAGACUGGGUUUAUGAAGAGGAAAUGUUUGGCACCCAUUCUGCUCUGUGGUGGUCUCCAAAUGGCAAGUUUUUGGCAUAUGCAUCCUUUAAUGAUACAGAAGUUCCUCUGAUAGAGUAUUCCUUCUAUUCUGAGGACACCUUGCAGUACCCAAAGACCAUUAAAAUCCCGUAUCCCAAGGCAGGAGCUACAAAUCCAACUGUGCAACUCUUUAUCAUGGAUACCACAUCACUUUCAGAAAUCAAACCUGUUAAAAUUUCUCCACCUGCAGAAAUAGCAUCAAGGGAUCAUUAUUUGAGUGUUGUAACAUGGGUGACAGAUGAAAGGAUUUGUCUGCAGUGGCUCAGAAGAAUUCAGAAUUUUUCAGUCCUCACAGUCUGUGACUUUGAAAAUGCUACUUGGUCAUGUCCAAAGGAAAAACAACUUACUGAAGAAAGUAAAACUGGCUGGAUUGGCAGAUUUCAGCCAUCUGUCCCUCACUUUGCACCCGACAAUGCUUCCUACUACAAAGUCUUCAGCGACACAGCAGGUUACAAGCACAUCCACUACAUAAACAGCUCACAGGCUCCAGUAGCUGUUACUUCAGGGAAAUGGGAAGUAAUCAGCAUAGAAGCUGUAACCAAUGAAUUUUUAUACUACAUCAGCAACGAAAAUCGUGAAAUGCCAGGAGGAAGAAAUCUUUAUAAAGUGCUCUUGGAAAGCAGUCCAAAAUCUACUAAAUGUGUUAGCUGUAAUCUGGAUCGAGAAAGAUGCCAGUAUUAUUCUGUGUCCUUCAGCAAAGACACACAGUAUUAUCAGCUAAAUUGUCUUGGUCCUGGCCUGCCCAAGUCUACUCUGCACAAAAGCACUGAUGAUGAAGUUCUCAGAUACUUGGAAGAUAACACUGAACUGGAAAAUUCAUUGAAAGAUAUUGAGAUGCCUUCAAAAAAAUUGGAUGUCCUUAGUAUAGGUGGACACAAGCUGUGGUAUCAAAUGAUUCUUCCUCCCCAUUUUGAUUCAUCAGAGAAGUACCCUCUGCUCCUUGAUGUGUAUGCAGGACCUUGCAGUCAGAAAGUGGACCAGGUGUUCCGGAUCAGCUGGGCCACGUACCUGGCCAGCACGGAGCGCAUCAUCGUGGCCAGCUUCGACGGCAGGGGCAGCGGCUACCAGGGGGACGCGAUCAUGCACGCCAUCCACCGAAGGCUGGGGACCUAUGAAGUGGAAGAUCAGAUAGCAGCAGCCAGAAAAUUUUCUGAAAUGAGCUAUGUUGAUAAGGACAGAAUAGCUAUUUGGGGUUGGUCUUAUGGGGGAUAUGUGACCUCCAUGGUGCUUGGCUCUGGAAGCGGCGUGUUCAAGUGUGGAAUAGCGGUUGCCCCCGUGUCACGCUGGCAAUAUUAUGAUUCAAUAUACACAGAGCGAUACAUGGGCCUUCCUACAGCAAAUGAUAAUCUGAAGAACUAUAAUAGUUCAACAGUAAUGGCCAGAGCUGAAAAAUUCAAGGAAGUUGAAUAUCUCCUUAUUCAUGGAACAGCAGAUGAUAAUGUUCACUUUCAGCAAGCGGCACAGAUUUCCAAAGCUCUUGUUGAUGCUGAAGUGGAUUUUCAGGCAAUGUGGUACACUGACAAGGACCAUUCCAUCUCCGGUCAAGCACAUAAACAUAUUUACACCCAUAUGAGCCACUUCAUAAAGCAGUGUUUCUCACUGCACUAGCACCAGCAUUUUGCUUCUUAGUGAUGGUACUUCUCCAGAAAACUCUCUAGAUAAUGUACUCUGAGCCAGUAUAAAUCAAGAUGAGAUAAGAGUCAGCUCUUGGGAUACCGGUGUACACAAUAAAAUGCUAAUCUUUGUAAUGAUUCCUGUUGCCAAGCAACUAUUGCAUUUUUAUUGAUUGUGUUGAAUCAGGUCUUUACAUCACCAGAAUGAUGUUGCAGACUUCCAGGAGGCAUGGUACUUGCUUGAGUAAUUACUUUUUGGUAUUUUAGUCUAAAAGAGAAACAAUCCAGUUUGUAUAUCAGGGUAAUGAAUGAUAAAAAUGUCACGUGGCAAUCGGUUGCAGAAUAAAAAUAUAAUAAUGUUGCCAUCAAAAAUGAAAUGAACCCUGGGGUAACUUCUGUAAAAAUAAUGAAGAAACGUUUUUGCAGAAAUUCGUAAGGCUUGGUAACUAUUAUUUUAGAAUUAGUAUCAGGAACACUGCGAUGUUGAUAUGUGCAGAAGGAAACACUUCAUACUGCAGUUCUGAAGUGAGUGUAUUUUCUGUGCAACCCCUUGUAUUAGCUGUAGGACUCUUGCACUUAACCAGCUUUCACCAAAGAUUUUGAAUGAUACCUGAUCAAACCAAUAGCACUGAAUUUCUUUGUGUGCUAUCAGACAGUACUGUGAUUUUUGCUUAUUUUAUAGUGAAAACAGUUGCUACUCUGGGAAUCUGCACUGCAAAAGCUCCUCUGGGAACUCAACAAGACCCCCAUUUUUUUAAUGUAGAAGUUGCUCAUAUAGUGAUGAAUAGGAAAUGGUUCUUCCACUCCAACAUAAAACAUUACAAUGCAAACUAGCAGUCACUUACAGCAAGGACUGUCACUCUCCUGUGAACAUGCUCUUUGGCAAAAUUGCUUUUCCUUACAGCCUACCAAUAAAUGUCUGCUUCCUUUCCAGCACUCCAGGUAGGCUUCUCAUCUAAUCUAAGGAUUAGUUCUCUCAAUUUUGUAUAGAAAAAAAUGCAAUCCACUUGUACUAAAAAUUGUGCUGCUUUAAAAUAAUAAAGACAUUA